AUGUCGACUCCAGUAGAAAGAGAGAUUCAAGAGGCGGAUCGACAGGAGAAAGAAAAACGAGCUCAAUGGAGAGAAGAGCAGAUCAAGGAGCUCCGACUCAAUUCUCGGCUUUCCUUUCCAUACCCUAUGAGACUCAUGUUGGCGACUUCGUUGUCAUUUCUUGCAGGAGCUGGAUUAGGCAUAUCAUAUGGCGCUCAAUCAGCUGGAUUUCGAUUCCGAGCAGAAAAUGCUCAUCGAUUGCCCAAUUCGAGCACUGGAUGGUAUCUUUACCACAAGAGCAAAAACUAUCACAUGGCUUUUGCUGGGAUUCGAGAGGGGCUCAAGAUGGGAACGAAGAUCAGUGUCUGGACAGCAGGAUUCUUAUCUAUUGAGGAAAUGUUCGAUCGAUAUAGAGGCAACAGGGACUGCUUCAACACGAUUAUUGCGAGUCUGUCGGUGGCUGGUGGGUUUAGUUUAUGGAACCGCUUCCCAAUUACAACCGCUGCGAGAACGGCGAAGACUGGACUGGCCGUCGGAUUGGCUUAUGGUCUCGUUCAAGAUGCACUUUCCACUGCGAAGGGCCGUCCGCCGGCUUAUGUCGAUUUGGUCCUUGGUAGAAGCCGACGCGAGAACGAAAGGAUGGAGCAGCUGGAUCAAAGUGGAGUCGUAUGA